GUUAAAUCACCAGUUACUGAGAUGCCGAGCUCGAGCAGUAUGGACUCCACCAACAAGGCCUGUCUCUAAAAACAAAGUUCAGGACCAGUAUUAACAGGAGAGUGCGUGUCUGGGAUCGCACUGCGGUUGUUUUGACGCCGUCUGUCAUGGCAGAGCGCGCGGACAGCGGGGAGAAAGCGCGUGAGGCGGCGGAAACAGGGCGGCGGAUGUGAAGUGGACCAGCCGAAUAAAUAAGAUAUGAACGCGUCUUUCUUUCCAACCAGCCUGGCACCAUGACGGAGGAGUAAACGACGUCGCGUAGAGGACGGGGUGGUAACCAUGAUAAGGAUUCACUAAUCAAGAAAAAGUGACAUUUUCACAGGGAGGUUUCGUGUUGGAAGUACCGGGAGGCAGCGGCGGCGCAGCACCCGGCUCUGAAGCGCCGGAUCCCGCUUGGAGGCAGAUGAAGGGUCGGCGGUGCCCCGGCCGUUUGGAGCUCUGUCGUCCAUGAUUGAGCGACUACUUUGGGGAUAUUUCUGUCAUGCAAAACACGACGUUUAAAUCGACGUAGCAAAGGUAAGCAAAGGUGUCUCACACAUUCACACAUUACAUUAAAACCACCAAACUGUUUGUUUUCGUGCAGCAGGGGGGCUGUUUUCAUGGAGAUCUGACAGCCCGAUUUGACGUUUUCUGCAAACCUGUCCCAUCAUCACACAACCUAUUUUCCGCUCUCAUCAAUCUGUGAAAGGCUGCCACCGACUGAGCUGGUACUGUGAGCGGAUGAAGUCAUGAUCUGACAAAUAAAGGCCGGACAAAACCAACAACAACAACAACAACAAAGCUGGGAAAAGGAUCUUUGUCCUGCAGCAUCAUGUGUUGCUGUCAAAAUGAACCCAGAAGGGAAGAUUCAACAGUGAUUUCAACCUGCUACACACACAUACUGUUAGUGAAUGUGAGUAAAUCAGAUCAGGGCUGUAGUUUGUUCACACAAUCAGAUCAAUGCCAGUGUAACAGGCCAGCUCAUCUCCUGUUUCCUCCCUAAUAGCUUCACAGAGGGUCUGACCCUGACUGUAAUCUGUGUAUGAUAAACUACAGCAUGGGCAGAGGUCAAAUUUAGCAGGAAAUUGAUCGUGUUUGCCUGAGAUUAUCCUCCACCACCAAUUAGGAUGUUGUCCUUUUUUUUUUUUUCACCUUUAACUAGAAACAGAUCAGUGAUAGUUGGAACCUGCAAAGUUUCAUCGUCUUGCUCAAGGACACUUCAGCGGGGGCAGGACCUUGGUUCAGUUGAAGAAGGAUCUAUAUUCUGCUCCAUCUUGGCGAGUGCGCAAAGCCUGUAGCCUUAUUGACCUGAUAUUUGAGACCACUUACUAUCCUUCCUCAUGUGGGAGCUUCCUUGAAUCAAAUCCCCGGAUUUACAUCAGGAAAGACGCGUUGUAAUUUGCACUUGGAAAGCCACGUGUAAGCCCAAAUCCUCAACGAGGCACUUUUACAGGAAUACAUUGUUGGUUUAAGUGAAAUUAUUCGGUUUAAAUGGCCCUCCUGCAGAUCUGCCACUGUAGCUCCAUCUUUAAAUCUCAAACUCUUCUUUUAACCUCUUGAUAGUCAUUUUUAUUGACCUACAUUAUGAUUUAAAAGCACAGGGAUAUGAGUAAAUAACUCACACUGGCACAGAGGAAUGUGGAGGGUGUGCUGGGGACAGGAAGCUGUCGCCUCUGACAGGACCUCCUCAUUGUUUUACAAUCACGCUGCGGCUAUUUCAGGACUUGUGUUUGUGUGUGAUUGUGGUCCAGUCCCAGGAGUCUGUAUUUUCACAAGCCUAUACUAGACUUUAACUGCAAAAUGUAGUUUUAUAUUCAUAUCUUAGAUUAUAGAAAAGCAGAAUCAGGAAUUAGCUGUUUGUAUUUGCCCUCUUGUCUCGGCGAAAUAGGCCAAAUUUCUGGCAUCUCUACAGGGACUGGGUCAGUCUCUUUUCGCUGUAGCUCCACUUGCAGUUUAAUUAGGCUGCUGCCAGGGCUUUAUUUUUUUCAUCCUCACCUCUAAGUCUUGGCUGGUGUGGCUUUUAAGCUUUGGCACUUGCAUUAUUCAGUGAUGCAGCCUUCUUCUCUACAAGGAAAUAACCCGAGCACUGCCCCGCCUCGAAGAGUAUCAGCAGUGUUCGGAGUUCAGCGGAGAGUUUUGGAGUCAGAGGGAUGAACUGCUCCUCCUCUUCAGCUUUUAUAGGAAACACUUGUGCAUGUGAAAGCUCUCAUGCCCACUUUUUCUUUGACUGAGCGUGGGAUGAAAGUAGGACCAGAUUAAACCCGGGGUUCGUGUCGUGUGUGUACAUUUACUCCCGGCUCCUAUGCAGCUCGUGUGUGAAGCAACAUCUCUCCUGACUGGCGGUGUAUUGAUGUCAGCUCCUGGGUCCGUUUUCGUCGGGUUGUGUGUAAAUUUAGUCGCCAAGUCUCACCGUUUUAAAAAUAACCGCAGACUGGAGGCUGCUGCUCGAGGACAGAUUGCAUCUCUUUUUAAAGUCUUGAAGGUAUGGUGGCCCAGAUGGACAAACUUUCACUGACAUUUACAUUUUAAAGAGAGGAAUUCAACUUUCUCACAUGGCAACAGUGAAAGGAGCUUCUUGAAUGCUGGGUUUUGGAAUGUAGGUGGAGAUGAAUGAGCAGGUGGAGACCAAAUACAGAGCUCAAAGAAUAGUGGGGUUGCCCCGUUAUAGUGUAGGUCAUGUUGUCACACACCACAGCCGAAUCCCUGGUCUCACACACACGGGCAGUAGAGCAGUGAUGAGUCAGCAUUGUGAGCGAGUCUACCUGCUCCCGUCAGACCACUCACUCACCGUCUCCUCCGUCUGUGUUUGUAAAUGUGCAGUAGUUGCGGUUGAAAAAUACAAACUAAGAUAUCGGUGACCCUGUUGAGCAAAUUUCUUGAUAAAUAGUGGAAAAGUAUGUGGAGAUAUUAAAAUCCUAUCAUGGUUUCAGCACCACUGAUGUGACACAUCCAUCCUUUCCUCCUCCAUCCCCUGAUAGGAUCCCAGUGAUUUAAUUAAACCUCAAGACGACUGCUGUGUAAUUGCAUGAGGAAUAUUUGAGUGUAACGCUCUUCCUUCACUGUGCCCCACGUUCAACUGGCUCCAUGUUUGAAAAAAAAAGUACAUUAUCAAUUAUUUACGCUUAUGAAGGACUCGUAUGAUUGAAAAACUUCUUUCCAUUCCAUGUCAAUUCAACCAAGGAUCUCCACUCACGUCACAGAUUUUGAUGAAAUUUGGUGGAGUGAUCGGCCUUCAGGAGAAACUGUCAGAGCUCAAAUAUUUUUGUUCAAAACCAUCUAAUUAGUGAGAUAGGGGCUAAUGAAUUUUUGGCUAAUUAGCAUGAUAUGCGUUACAAAAGUGAUUCACGUGUCAUUUUAAAGCUCUCUUCAAGUUCUAUCUUUUUGUUCAUAACAUUUUUCCCAAAUUGGACCAGAAAAAAAUUAUGAAAGACCAAAAACUUAUAAAUAAUAAUAAUAAUAUAGAAUAAUAAUAUAAUAAUAAUAAUAAUAAUAAUAAUGAGCAAGGUCGGCGCAACGUAACACCGACGGGCUUUUUCAAUUGGCCUGGUUUACUCGUUCCUUGAUUUUAAACCUUUACAGAAUGCAAACGACGUAACGGUUUGUUUUCACAUGUACAACAUAAGACGAACAUAAUAUGGACCUUAUAUGACACAAAAAACCCCAAAAAUUACAUUUUUAUGGCAGGUCCCCUUUAAAGCUCUCUUCAAGUUCUAUCUUUUUGUUCAUAACAUUUUUUCCCAAAUUGGACCAGAAAAAAAUUAUGAAAGACCAAAAACUUAAGUUGGAAAUAGCAAAAAACGCACGUCAUUCAAUUUUCUUCAUAUUCACACUAAAGAAAGACGAUCAUGUCCACUAGCAUCCCUGCAAGUUUCAUGAUGGGCAUUCCAUAACUUUUUGAGUAAUCAGUCAAAAUGUGUGGUACGUUAGGUGGAAAAUCGCCAUAUUUGGCACAUUAUACAGUCCUGACCUCAUCUGGAGUCAGCCCCACUUGCCUGCUUGUGUAAAUUAUUACUUCCUCAUAGUGCAAAAUGCUUUUUUUGAGUGUUUUCAUUUGUAUGUUAUCCAAUAUUUAUAUGAAAAAGGGCUAGAAUAGCUUAUUUUUGCUCAGUUUUCCAUCGCAUUUCUAUUUGCACCUAUAUCCAGAAUAUGAAUGAUCUGAGCUUCAUGGGAGAAUCAUUUGGACAUACCUGCAUGUCCUGGAUCAUAGGGUUGACAAAUAACUUCUACCUAUACACCCUGAAAUUUUGUUGCUGGUUUCCCUGUGAAGUAUUCCAGGCUAUUCAUCCUGAGCCCUUUCAACGUUUCCUUUAUACUUCAAAAGUACUCUUAGCAUGGUGAUCAAACUUUGUGCGGCUUUUCAAUAUUGUUAGUUUGUCUCCAAAUAGGAAAGAGUGUAUGAACUACAAAGAGUUUGAUAGCGUCAGUGUAAGGAACGAUGGUUCCCCAGUCGUCUAGGUCUUCUGGCUUUCAGUACAUGCAAAUCUUUGAGACGGAGCAUAUCAGGAGAGCUACAGUAAUUGGUAGCUUUGGUAGCCGGCCUUUAUUUUUGGUAGAGUUUAAGCCCAUGCGGUGAUUUCCACUGCAGAGUCCUGUCUGUGCAGCGUAAAGGCCUCUUGUGUAGGACCACCAAGUUUCUUUUAAUGGCCUGUUCCCUUUUUGCACGAUAAAGCUACAGUAGCCCCCAUAGUUGAGUAUUAUUCAAAUAUUAGCGUAUCCUCUUUGCUCAGAGGAAUGAAGUUGGAGCUCGGUACACAAAGAGCUUCAGUGCAGUGCUGGGUUUUAUGUGCAUAGCUAAUGUGGAAUGUAAUGUUGCAAGACCCAGGCAGACUGAGGGCAAAGGUCAGCUAUUGAGUGCAUGGGACAUGAGGGGGAGAGAGGAGGACGGGGUGUGGUUUAGAGGAAGGUGGUACGGUUGUAGGGGGAGGGUGUCAGAAGAGGCUGGGUAUUAAUAGCUCAGUCUUUAAGUGUGUCCUUGGAUGCCACAUUGAAUGUAAAUUGAAUUAGAGAUGGCACGGAGUAAAAUGAGCCCACUUCACGGACGGACAUCUCUGUUAUAGUAAAGGUUUUAUUACUCGUAUUCACCAACUACACCCAUCCAUCCAUCCAUUUUCUGUUAGUGAAGGAGGAGUCCACCAUUGUUUCAGGCCACCGUCACUUCACUAAUGAGAGGGCCGAGCAAAGGAGCCAUUACAUCAAGAGCCUUGCUGCUAGGUAUUGCUCAAUAUCCCCCAAUUUUACAUACUGUACCUUUAAAUUAGGGCUGGGCGAUAUGGGAGAAAGUUUAUCACAAUAUAUUUUUUUCACAUCAGUCAAUAUCGAUAUAUAUCAUGAUAUAAAAAAUGAAAUCUAACAGUGCUUACUGGUAGCAAUACAAUAAGUUACUGUAUCUGUGAGGUUGCACUAGACAGGCGCCAUGGGCUCCUUGCUCCUCUCGGGGUUUGUAACCUUGCGUUGCCUGUGCUCUACCGCAUGGCGCUGCUUCAGGUGGUGAAAAAGAUUUGAGGUAUUCCCCGACUUUGUGAGAACAUGUCCUUGACAUUAUUUGCAGUCCACAUUACUCUGCUUCAUGUCCGACCUCCAAAAACCAAAACACCUCCACACCACCGACGUUUUCAUGCCAGUGUUGUUGACAGUGUCGUCAUCUGUUGAGCCUUCAUCUGCAUUUCUGCCAGGUUAGAGCUUGAUUUCCUUUUUUUCUCACCGUCAGUGCUGUCGGCUUCACAUGUUAAAGUGCUACGGUUGCGUGUAGCUGCAGCCUGCUACUCCGCAGUUGUUCGCUACUUUGUUCUAAUUCAGCGCAUGAUUGGUUCAGCGUGAAGCGGACCCGGAGCAACUCCCCUUUUCAUUGGCUAUUCAUAUAGUCUACCAAAACAUGGCAGAAUGCCGACUAUCGAAAAGCAUAUUGACCAUGUUUGAUUUUGAGGGAAAUUGAUUUUUGAUAUCAUCGUUUUAUCGCCCAGCCUUACUUUAGAUUUAAAUCCCAAUAAAAGCUUUUCUGCCUAUAAACCUAAAAGAAGACCAACUGGCCGGUCAGAAUUUAAAUUUCCAUUGAUAGCACACACAAAACAAAAUACCCGCGAACCAUCAAUGAACGCAUCUAUUAGCGUGUAUUUUCAUGCAUAGGCGCACCGGAUUAUAAAGCGCAUUAAGCCAAACAAAACAGUCAGAUAAGACAAACUUUAUUUAACUCAUUCAAUAACUCCGCGAGGCUACGGUAGCCAAAAGGAUUUUAAGUGCGCCUUAUGGUGGGAAAAAUACAGUAGUCAGACCAGAACAUUUCUAAUCUUGACUACAGUUUAAAAUGUGACUGUAUUUAAAAAAUGCAUCAUGGGAAAUGUAGGAUCCCUCACCAGUUAAGAUUGUUUCAAGUGUGUCUUCUAAUAAUUUAUUGAUCUAAGAUGCAGAUUAAGUUUUCACAUCUGACAGCUGGAUGGUCAGAGUUUUAUUUAUGUAUUACUGAUAGAAAAAAAGGCAGAAAUACAGAGACAUCGGUGAAAUUAGAGUUAGAAGUUUGUACACAUGUUGUCGAGAACAUGUUGAAUGAGUUUUUUAAGCGUGCUUUGCUUCAGGGAGAGAUUUAAGUGGGAACAACUUCUCCUAAAUUUGCUCACAAAGCACUCCGCUGAGUUAAAAUUUGUUGGACAGCUGGAUGGACAUGCAGCUCCAGCGGGGCGGCCGGGGCUCCAGCUGCAGAUUGAAGCAGUGUGGUAAUGCAGCGGAUUAGAGCGGGCGUUCUGUCAACAGUAAAUCCUCCCAUUCUCUGUUUAAUCCCGCAGCUGGAUGAAGGACACUUACCUCCCGAGAGUUUCACGUGCAUGGACGAUUGUGUGUGUGAGCGUUUCUGAUUAGUCGUUUUCGAGAGGCGGCCGUGUGAGUUUGUGCAGCGGGGUUUUAGUGCGUCGCUCUCUGGAUGGGGGGUAAAGACUCUGUGACGGGGGGGCUUUAAUUUGUCCGUUUGCGUGCGUGCGUGCAUGUCGCCUUUUUGGACACAAGUGGCUUUAAACUCUGCCAGCAGCAUCAUGCUUGGCACUGGCCUCUGCCCUGAUCUAUUUUUAAAACUCUGUCCAGAUGUGUGGGCGUAAGGGAGUCUGUCUGAUAGAAUCUGGUUUAUAAUUUAUCUCUCUCUUCAUUCAGGCUAAAAACAGAACACAAUCGGAGACAAACUGAGGCAAAAAGUUCAGAAAAAAAAAUGAAAAAGGAUCCUGAAAUUUUAAAACGGAGCUUUCCCUCCCUGUGAAAUGACCGUUUUCUCUUCAAAUUUAGCCUUUUUAUGGACAAACCGGCGUUAAAACUCUGACUCAUCUUCCUAACUGGGUAAUCAGUCACGUCUCGUUCCUCUCUCCUAAAAGACAACUUCCCUCCUGCAGUGAUUUUCAGCAUUUUCCUCUUCCUCUGAUAAAGAGUUGUUCGGUGUAUUUUCCACGGAGAGAGACGCAAAUGACCCCAAUCACAAAAAAAGUACAAACAAAAGCAGCAAAAGUCAAACAAUGUCGGACUUGUUGGUUAACGACAAUGAGCCCACAGUGUUAGUGGAGUCCAAAUUAAAGCUCGGAGACACUUGAGUGGCUGUGAAAACCAAAUGAAGAAUAACUUUUAGAGCUAUAAAUAGCCGAACAGUAAACCUGGGUCACAAGUGAGCUAUUGAUAGAAACUUCCUACCGAACUGACAGUCGAAUAAAAGAUAACGAACAUGGGUUUACUUUUGGCUCAAGGGUUCAAGCUGGUGUUUCCCAUCCGACAAAAUCACUCACUAAAUUCAGAUUCGUCUAAAGGUGAGAAAUCACUCAGGAAACAAUGUUUAGUUGACCGAACUCCCUCUAAACGUCAGCUCGUAUAUUCAGUUUGAGGUCUUUUUUAUCUUCUUUCCAUUCUUCAAUUUUUUAUUCCACUUUCUCUCUCCUCUCUCUCUCUCUCUCUCGCGCACAUCCAUCCCGUCUUCUUAGCUAAGACGGAUAGAGAGAAUCAGAGGAAGGAGGGAUGUGGCAGCUGAGCUCGGGUCUGACGUGACUCAUGUGGAAGCCGAGACGGGGUUGGCGUAAUCACCGCUCUCCAUGGUAACCACAGUGGGCGUGUGUUGGAGUCGGAGUGUGAUCUUAAAGAACGGAGAGAAAGGGUCUUAACGGGGAGUGAACCUGUUGGCUGUUAAAGCAGGAGACUGAUUAUAACCUGCAGGUGGAGGCGAAAUGUUAACGCCCUCGGUUCUGUCACACAGUUUCAUGUCCUGCUGGGAAAUAAUGGAGCUAUUGUCGAUUAUGUAAGACCACACAGGGGGGCUGUGCUGCUGUACUGACGAUCAGCACGGCUGUGGUACAAUAUCUAAAGAUCUAAACACACCCGAGUUGCUGCAGGACAGUACCAGCUGGGAUGCAGUGAGUCUGUUUACGGUUGUUUUUGGUGCUCUGUGAUUCAGAGGUAUCAGCUGAUCCGUCAGCACAGAGACUGUUGGCUGCAGCAUCAGCGGACAGGAGAGUAUUUGUAACACCUGAGGGAUCCCCGUGUUGUUGUUGUUGUUCUCUCUGAUCGUUUGUGGAUUACAUCUGGUCCGCUUGGUUUAAACCGACUUCUCUUAAAUGCGAUUUUUCCUCAUGUUUGCCUCCACAUUGAACCUUAUCCCCCUCUUCUUCCCCAGUCAUCAUCAGUCUGACCUCUCUCUCUCUCUCUCUCUCUCUCUCUCUCUCUCAGGUCUCCAACCUCCCUUCAUCCCUCUCUUCCCCGUGGAUCAUUGGACCGCCCCGUCAUCACCCCUUCCUCCUCCGGAAUAGACCAGCGGAGAGAUUCCCGGAUCCCUAUCUCCUCAUCUCUCUCCGCCCAUCUCUGACCUACAUCCCUUUUCUUCGUCACCAUGGUGACCUGGGUGUCAGUACUGUAGUACCCUUCAGCAAGGCACAAUGGAUGAGCCGACAAUGACUCUCACAACGGAAAUGUGAUAUUCAUGAGUGAUGAAUGAGGAGAAAAGUGCAGAUAUAGAGUCAUAAGUGGUUCAACGAUGCUUCAGACUGCCCCCUAGAGUCCCCACCAGUGCAUUCUGGGAACUGAAGUGCCUUGCGCAAGGAACUACCAGCAGGGCAAGAGAAAUGUGCAGCAGGAAAAACUAAAAUCCAGAAGCUUUCUGAGCUGCUUCUGUGAUCGACUCACUCUCCUGACCUCCAUCCUUUCCUCCACCUUUGGCCUGUUUGAGUUAGAAACCUUAGGUGUGACCUCGUUUCCUUUCCUCCCCUCUAACUUCCUUCCCCCUCCCUCUUCAUUUUCCUUCUUAGACGCCCCCACCUCGCCUCCACCAUUCGCCCCUCCCUUGCAACAGCCGUCCUCCCCCCUCGCCCCCGUCCCCAAUCAUCCUCCCCCUCCCCGUCCCUCACCACCACCACCACAUCCUCCUCCUCCUCCUCUGCCCCCUCCUCCCCCCACCACCACCAUCACCACCACCACCAUCCUCAACCCCAGGCCCACUCCCACCACCACCAUCACCACCACCAACUCCCCUCCUCUCCCCCUCGUUUCUCGCCCCCUGCCUUCACCACCUCAUCCUCAUCCCCUGUGGUGACCAUGGCGACAGCUGCAACCGCCUCCUCCUCUUCGUCCAACUCAUCCCCAGCGACAGCGAAUGGCAGCGCUAGAGAGCACCUGCUGGCGGUGCGACGGCGCACCCCGCACUCGAGACCAUACACGAUAGGGCCGGACAACCUCCGUAGCCUGUCGGCGCAGGGCGCGGUUCGAGACUCUACUUCUGCGUCUUCUUCUUCCUCCUCUUCCUCGGCGAUGUCUUCAGGGAGCCAACCAGAAGCGGCGGUGGGGCUCCAGAGAGCCAAUAGCGACACAGACCUGGUGACAUCAGACAGCCGCUCAUCGCUCACGGCGUCUACGCACCAGCUAACUCUCGGGCACAGCCACCUCGUCAUCUCCUGGGACAUCAAGGAGGAAGUGGACGCCACCGACUGGAUCGGCCUGUACCACAUCGGUGAGCAAACUCGCCUCCCCCUGUCUGAAGUGUGGGACAGACCACUUUAGGAGAGGGACUUCAGGAUCUCUUGAUUUUAAUUUAAAGGGAUAUUCCGGCGUAAAAUUAAUUUAGGGUCAAACACCGUUAUACCGAGUUAGACACCCCCCCGAGAGAUGAAUGUGGAAGGAAGAACAUUUAUGAUCAUUUCUUCAUCAUUUCCUUGAAGUAAUAAUCACCAUAUUGAUCAUUUUUCUCUGUAGACGCGAUAGUUCUUCUGCCUUAGCGUCUCGGUCUGAUUGUGUUUCCAUGAAGUUAUGAUCAUAAAUGUUCUUCCUUGAGCUGCGUCACCCCGCUGUAGUCCAUAAUGGACUGGCCUGAAGUCUCGCUACAAACAAGCGGCUGCUGGAAGAGAGUAGGUGAAUUGUGUUUAGUCUCUAAGGCAAAGUUAAAAAGAUGUUUGGUGUCUAGUACUAUGUCUGUGACCCUAUAUGUCCUGUUGAUGAAGUUAGGUGCUGUUCUGAGCAUUAUUUGGCGUUUUGAUUGAGGUUUGUUUAUGGCUCUUCAGACCGCUGUGUAUUGCUAUCCUGCGGUCGUUACUAAAGUUGGUAUAACUAGAGAAGCAAGCGGUCGGCAACAUUCAUCUCUGGAGGGGGUGUCUAACUCGGUGUUAUGAUGUGUUUGACCCUAAAUUAAUUUCACGCCGGAAUAUCCCUUUAAGACUUCAACAAUCCGGUGAUUAUUUCACACAGUUAUUUGAUGUGUAACGAUACAUAGCUUUAAAUCAGUGUUUACUACGGCCCUGCAUUUAACUUUAUCGACAAAGUAGACCACAAAACCUGGACUACCAAGCUCGCUAACUCACAGGCCGGGUUUUGUGGUCAUUAGAUAGAUAGAUAGAUAGAUAGAUAGAUAGAUAGAUAGAUAGAUAGAUAGUAAUAAAUUAAAAGUGCGUAAGAAAGAAUUUCAUUAAACACAAAAAUGUGUAAAUACCUCCUAUUGCAGGAUGACUCAUCAAAUUUUUAGCAUUUUUUUUUUGUCAAAAUUGCUGACAAAGCAUCACUGAACACAGCUGGUCCACUCAGACCUCACUCAUGGUCUAAUCCAGCUCACUCAUAGUCAUCUUUCGGUGCCUCAUCUCCCUUUUCCAGUCCGUCCCCAUGACCGCCCUCCUGGUGUUAUAAACUCGCAGUCGGGACGUGAUAUGAUGGUGCAUUUGGAGAGGUUGCGACUUGCAACUCAUCUCAAGGUUGGAGGAUUACAUCAGCCCCACUGCUGCCACAUUAACUGGCUAAUGGAUUGUGUGUGUGUGUGUGUGUGAGGAAAGGAUGGUGUGAGAGAGUGAGUAGGUUACACUGAUGAAAAGUGAUGCUGACUCAGCAUGAGUAGCAUUUAAGAGCAGUAUGUCUCAUCUCAUAUUACACUCUCUCCUUCCCGUGCCCCCCGUUUGACCGACAAAGACGAACAAGACCCUCAAAGAAUGAUUCCAUCGACAGAAAUAAUAUUAAGAACUAGAAAAGCACUCGGAGAGCGCAGACAGCUCAUGUCCCCCCUUAAACAAGAAAUGCCCUGACCGGGAUUCGAACUGACGACCUUCUGGUUGUGAGGCGACAGUGCUAAAGGACCUUAAGGAUAAAAAUAUGAGUUCCUGUAGUUGUAGUUUGUGAGUGCUGUUUUUAAGCUCAGCUGUAAAAGAGCAGCUUUUAUCGAACACAUUGUUUCAGACGCUCAUUUUUCUCUCGUGAGUGAAAGUGAGCGACCCUUUCUCCCAGACCGAGACGGAAAAAUCUGAUCCCUCCAUCCCUCCGCGAUCGAUUCCACGAGCAGAGGGGUUUUCUGGGGGGGGUUUUCUCCCCAGGGGCGAGCUCUGUUUCCAGCCUGGCUGUCGGCCACGCUGCCCUGGAGCCGCCUGAGCUCCAUAACCUUCCCUUGCUGUCUGACCUGUGUGCGUGUGUACAUGUUUGUGUGGGUGUGUGUGUGUGUGUGUGUGUAUCACCUUAAGACUGUAGUUUAUAAGGUUGGGAUGAUCGCCGGGUUAUCAGGUCAGACAGGUGAGGGAAACGUAUGCGCUGUCACUCACAAAAGCUCAGGGUUUAUUGAUGGUGACCCGGAGAAGCAGAGGGGCAAGAGGUGUAUCUGUGUGUAUCUGUGUGUGUAUCUGUGUGUGUGUGAGGCUGAUGGACAGCAGUGGAGACCCGCUGGGACGUGGGCCAUUUGUCACAGGACGUGAACAUUAAUGUUUCAUGGUUGAACAGGCUGAGACGGGGAUGUGGUUUACGACCUGAAGGCUGGGUUUCCCUCAGGAACCUGUAACUUCUGUUACCGCUCUUGUCAAACCCACUAAUAGGAGCCAAAUGAUGCAAGGAUGCUGCUGAGUCCAGAUUGUAGGAAUACUGACUGUAAAAUACGUCAUGUCAUGUCAAUCUAGAGUCUGGUCUUUCAGCCCCCUCUAUCGUAGUAUCUCUAAACUGGUUGUUAAAGUAGCUCCAUGUCAAUCACAGGCAGCCUAGAUCUUUAUACAUCCUCUCCUUUAAUGUAAUUUUCUCUCUAAAUGGGGAUUUUAUUUACAAAUUGAGCAGAGGGAAGCUCCAAAGCAACUAAUUUACUCUUUUUUGGUGCAAAAAUUAAAUGACAACCAGCUGAUUGGACAAGAAGUAGGAAGUGAGAGUGUGUAGGUAAACACCGUCAAUAUUUUUGGUGAGUCAUCCAGCCUUCAGUCGUCGUUAAAGCUGCACAUUAAAGCUCCUGUAAGGAGUUUUUUGACGUGAAUGAAAUUCAUAGUGUAUCCGUUUAGCGAUACAGCAACUAGGCGGACCGCGGACCACCUCUUUAUGGACCCAGAGAAAAAAAAACAAAAUCAACAACACGGCACAGCACUCUCUCUGACUGACUGACGCGAGGUUAGACUGGCCGAGAGAGAGAGAGAGAGCGUGUGUGUGACUGUGCGCGUGCUCACGCUUGCAUUAUGGGCUGCCAUUCCCAUGACAACGAUGCACUAAUUGGCUGAUAACUACGCAAACCGGCAGUCACACAUCUUCCUCCUUCAGUCUGUCUUCUUUACACGGCGCAGGCAGCGGUAACGUCUUGAUGAAGUAUAUGAUUAUCUUACCUCCUUCAAGCACAAAGCCAAUGUGUCUUUUGUGCAAAGCACUGUUGCUCUGAUAGAGAUAGAGAUUGCCCCCAAAAAUCUGAGCUACAAACAGAUAAAAUAAAAAGCUUAUUUUAUUUUAUUGAGUAAUACUAAGUAAGAAAGAAUAUCAGUGUGAUGCUGAAAAUGAAUGUUUUUGUGCCUUCCAAUAACUCCUGAUUAUUACAAUACAGUACGCCCAGCAUAAAACUACAUAAAACAUAAAAAAGGUUAAAAAAAAAAUAUGACUCCCUCAAAAUUUAUUUUCUGGACCUUUUACAUGAAACCCCUGGAUUAGACCAUUAAAAACAAGACUGAUGUUUCUUUAAUAUUGCACUUUUUGAUGCUCAAAACCUGUUUGAGAAGGUAGGUGUCGGCCAAUCAGCUGGAGAAACAGCUUUUAAUUAGCCUGUGAGAAAUCAGAGGGGUACGCUUUUUUUGUGAGAUGUCCUGACUUUAACAAGAUAAACAAAGACUAAAAAUCCAAAAGUUUCUUAUUGGAGCUUUAAUGCACGUGUCGUCACAGCGACUCUCGAAUACUCAGGGCUUCAAAUCCGUACACUGGUGGAAGGCAUAACCAAGUUGUCCAUAGUAAAUACAGUUUAUGGUGAAAAUGCACCAGAACUAUUUUUUUUUUCAUUUUAGAUGCCCUCUAGUGGCCAUGAGCAGGAAUGCACGCUAAAAUCAUCUUUAUUAUUGAACACAGAAGGAUAUGUCCUGUUCCUGUGUACAGUUUGUGGUUGUUAUGCUGAAUUUUAGGAUGAAAAUGAGUUAAAAAUGGGCUGUUAAAAGCACCAAAUCCAGCUCCUUAUUUGAUGAUUUAAUGAGGAGGGAAAAACAGUCGCUCCUAACUCUUUGUUCUUUCACUGAAGUGUCCUUGCAUGCUGCUGCCUCAUUAGCGGAGUCAAUAGCUCAAUAUAUGUCCUUGUUGAAUGUCCUGUUCUGUUAAUUAUUUCUCCCUCGUGUACGCAUGUCUUAAACCUGUCGCCUCAUUUACGAAAGCACCUUGUUGGAAAAGAAGUCAGAGAAAGAAAGUCUUUUUUUUUUUUUCUUACUUUUGCACAGAUGAGACCUGUGUGGCCAACGUGUGGGACUCCAAGAACCGGGGUGUGAACGGCACCCAGAGGGGACAGAUCGUGUGGAGGCUGGAGCCAGAGCCCUACUUCAUGGAGCGUGAGUAGACCUUAGAAGUCCUGAAGAAGGGGCAGUUCACCACUUUUCAACAUCAUUACAUCAGGACAACAUUAAAUUUUUCUCUCCUUUAGAAGUGGCCCCAGCUUACUUAUAAUUUAAGCUUUUUUUCCCCCCUUGCAGCGGAGACAAAGAUCUGCUUUAAAUACUAUCACGGUGUAAGUGGAGCAUUAAGAGCAACAACACCCUGUAUCACCGUCAAGAACCCUGGAGUGCCGGUACGUACCGCCGAUAUCUUCCUCCUUUCGUAUUUUGGGUGAAGAUAAUCCAGUUUAAAAGCUCCAAAAAACAAACUUUGAGUCGUUUGAGACGCGGUCAGAGCCGGUGUCGAGACGUGAACGGAGAGAACCGAGUCAAAGAGAUGUUUGCUCCAGUUGAGUCAGUAAAAUUUAAAGCAGUCGGCCUGAAUCAGAGCUCACAGACUAUUAUCCAACUGCUUCAACUUUUCAUCACCUCUAAUGUUUUCCUCUCUCGCUUGGGUUGAAGCAAGUUCACUCUCAGUACUCUCACUUUGCUCUCUUAUCGGCUGCUUUUGCAUCAGGUUGGCAGUGAAGGUCAAGUCGAGGACCAAUCAGGGACUGAGCACUGUAGGAAACUGGUCAGCUUCACCCUAUCAGGUGAGAGGAGGGACUGUCGUUCAUGUCGUGGAGUUAAACCUUCACGGUGUGUUUGUUCAAACUCUUGUUUUCUUGCUUUAGAUAUCCGUGCUGUAGGCCUGAAGAAGGGCAUGUUCUUCAACCCGGACCCGUACCUGAAGAUGUCCAUCAAGCCGGGGAAGAGGAGCGGCCUCCCGAAGUUCACCCACCACGGCCAGGAGAGACGCUCCUCCAUCAUAGCCAACACCAUCAACCCCGUGUGGCACAGCGAGGUCGGUAAAACUAAACUCAGUCAAUUUCGUGAGAACAAAGUUUCAAAGGUGUUAAUGAUUCUUGUCGCUCCUCCUGUAGAAAUACACCUUCGUGGCUCUGAUGACCGACGUGUUGGAGAUCGAGGUGAAGGAUAAGUUCGCCAAGAGCCGACCAAUCAUCAAGCGGUUUCUGGGUCAGCUGAUCAUCCCCGUGCAGAGACUCCUGGAGGGGCCGACAGCUGAGUGAGCUUCAAACCUUUGUUCUUACCGAGACUUCUGACCUUCAGUAUUUAACCGCAGUGACUCAACACGAUCCGGUCAAUAGCGAUCAAUACGUCCCAAUCAGCUCAUUGUUCAGGCAUUGAUUUGAUAUUGAUCAACACUGAGGACAAAAUGUACUCAUGUGAACUGUGAUGUAUGGCAUGUGGAAAGAGCUGGUAAUAAACACCUGUAUGUGUGUGUUUUUGUGUGUGUACAGCGAUCAGCCGGUCAGCUACAGCCUGUGUCGUCGUCUCCCCACGGACCACGUCAGCGGGCAGCUUCUGUUCCGAGUGGAUCUCACCUCCACGGGUCAAGAAGGUGCGUGAUCCAUAAAGGAGCGUUACGUUACAGGAACUUUCAGUUUGUGUCGCGUUUGGCGCCCCCUGUGGACAAACCAGUCUUUGCAUCUCUUGAGCUUGUCCGUCUUCUUAUGCUGCGUUCGAGUUACCUCAGAAGUCAGAAGUCCGAGCUGAAAAUGCGUUUCAGUUACCAAGUCGGAAACAAGAAAGCUACAUCUACGAAAGUUAUAUUAGCGCUUGCCUUGUCCGUAUAAGGCUAGCGCUAAUAUAACUUUCGUAGAUGUAGCCAUCUUGUUUCUGACGCUGGUAACUCGGGUGUGAUGUCAUUUUCAGCUCGAACGCAAUAUUAAUCUCCAUCUUUUCCUCCCAGAAGCUUCCCCAGACGCCGUAGGGAGCAUCCUCGGUGGUGCAGUCAACGGCGACCCCGGCAGCCCCUCUGACGACGAAGACCUCCCGAACCCCUCCUCGCGCGUCACAUGCGGAGCUUCGCCCACGGGCUCCGAAGAGGGCUCCCUGGCAGUCAACGGCGCUUGUUACUACGGAGAGGAUACUGUGUGGCGGGAAGCUGGGCAAAUGGGGGAUGAGGACCUGCUCCCUUUAGCUCUCGGAGGCCACACGCAUCGUCAGGUGUCGCUAAACGACUACCUGGACGCCAUCGAGUCCCCCAGGAACCCUGGGGAUCGGUCUCUCGCUGGGCCGUCACCGAAACUGCGCUCUAGCUUUCCGACGGACACGCGGCUCAACGCCAUGCUGCACAUAGACUCUGAUGAGGAUGAGGAGAUGGCGGGGCAGCACAGGGAGCCGUCACAGGAGGAGAGCGCACAACAGAGCGCCGACCCGUCGAAGAGGACGGCUACAACAGAGUCUGGACAAGCAGGCGAGAGCUCUGGAGGAGAGCAGACUGGAUCUGCAGCGACAGAGGCGGGUUCCUCUGCUGCUGCUGCUGCUGCUCAGUCUGGACCAGAGCCUGAUGGAGCUGAUUCUGGCACCGCAGAGAGUUCUGUCGGAGAGCAAACGGCACCUGCUGCCGAGGCUACAGCUGGGACCGGAGAGGUUGCCAAGUCUGCGAGCAACAGUGGAGAAACUUCAGCAGCUUCCAGCUCUGCUCAGACAUCCGGGGCUGCAGCAGGACCAGCCGGACCGGGGGAGUCCGCACCAGAGUGCACCUGUCAGGAGCAGAGCAGGAGGAUGAGUGCACAGCUGGAAGUCCCCUACAGUCCCCCUCUUGGUCCGCUUUCCCCCAUUCAGGUCAGCAGCAGUCGAGUCGGCGACUCAGAGCCACGUGUUUUUAAUGAGCUUUUGUUGACGUGUGUCUUUUUGUUUCAGGAGGUGGACUCGAGGAAGGAAGUGGCGCCAAAGGCAGAGGAGGAAGGGGCGGAGUCGUCGAGCAGCGAGGCCAACGGGCCAAUAGCAGCAGCUGCGACAACUAGCAGCAACAUAACAGACGAGGGAGGAGGGACUUCUGAAGGUGGUGAGGGUUUGAUGUGAACUCUGUAGGGUCAGCUUCGAUUAGGACUCUGCAGGGAGGCCAGUUUCCUACCUGGACUCUUCUACUAAGGAGCCAUGCUGUUGUAAUACCUGCAGAAUUCAGCUUUCCAGCUUCUUCCAGCAUUAAACCUCAAAUUAGGUUGUACGUCAGGAGAUCAUCCAUUUCAUCGCACUCACACGCAUAAAACCUGUUUACAUUACAGGGGCGAGAGCUGGCGGGUCCAGGCAGGAGACAGUGGAGGAGGGAGGGGAGGUGUGGAGGAGGAGGCAGUCCAUGCAGGCGUCAGGAGGAGCGGCCCUAAACCAGGAGGCGGGUGGGGCCAGGGAGGGUCAAAGUGGGGCGGCAGGUGUGGAGAGAGAAUCAGGUGAAUCUAGAAGAGCGAUUGACGUAGUUUCUUUACAUUUUUGGUUUGUUGCAGUUGAUUCUAACGUUGCUGUCCACUCAGAUCACCGCAUAGAUAGUGAGGUUUGAAACUGAGAGGCUGCAGGUCCCCCAAAGAGGCUGAACUUGUGUUUUUUUUUGCUUGAAACAAAACUAGGACAUGCCAUAAACAGCUAAAAAACACCAUCACACAGGACCUCUCAGGGUGUUCGUUAUCAGAUGAAUCGGUUUGCAGGAGAGUCACUCAAAAACAAAGAUGCAGAGUCACUCAGCUGAUCUGUUUAGCUUCAAACAACCCUAAUCAUUUUUUAAAAGUUGGUUUAAAACAAUUUAUAAACAGAAGAGCUAAGAGCGAAAUCUGCACCAGCGUCUCUCGGCUUGAGCGAUCAGGGAGUUUUAAUAAAGGACCGGAGCAUUAUCCAGAUCAGAACAAGUUUCCUGCAGCAGCCAAAAAUCUCCUGGAUUACAGCCAGAGCAGUUGUGCUUGUUUAACCUCCUGACAGUGUUGGAGAACGAGAGGUAGAAGCUUUGAUCCCCGUCUGUUUUUAAGCACGUAUAAGAAAGAUUAAAGUGUUAUAGAAAUGUUCAUCAGGUCCUAUAAUGUGCGUUUUUGUUUGUAUAAUGCAGGCGCCACAGCUCAGAUGAACGGUCAUCAGUCUGUUCGCUCUCUGCCAUCUGUUCGCCAUGACAUCAACCGUUACCAGAGGGUGGAUGAGCCUCUUCCACCGAGUGAGUGUGUGUUUGUGUGUGUCUCUGAACAUAAGGCCCAGAACACAAAGUACAUUUGUGUGUUUAAAUUCAUGUACUUGAUUGAUUUAUUGAUUUAAAAGGGUUAUGAAGAGUUAAAAAAAACACAAAGGGGGGAUAGCAAAGGUGAGGCUUUUAAAGUGUGACUUCCCUCACAAUCACUUCACUCAAACGUAUUGAAAUCGUUGUGAAAUGCGAGUUGUGAGGAAUGUCAUUUUAAACCCCUGUGUUUUUUUUUGAUGCCCCCUUGUGGACAAAGUAAGUGACACCUUUGUUUUUAAGACGCCAUACCUCUGCCUCUCUCACUGUUACCUGCAGACUGGGAGGCUCGUAUCGACAGCCACGGACGGAUCUUUUAUGUGGACCAUGUAAACAGAACCACUACUUGGCAGCGCCCGACCGCUCCCCCCGCCCCGCAGACCCUGCAGAGGUCCAACUCCAUCCAGCAGAUGGAGCAGCUGAACCGCAGGUCAGGAGAGAGUGAAUACACGCUGCGAGCGCGAACAUGUGCCACGCUUCAAAUUAGCAUGAGAUGUCCUCUUAUCUGCUGAUCAGGGUGUUUGCGUUUCUUCUCGUCAAGAUUGAUCACAUAAGACGUGUUAACAUGUGCGAAAUUUCAAGACCAAGAUUUAUCAAGAUUAGAAGCAUUUGGACAUGAGCAGAGUUGUCUGAUUUCGCUAAAACAACCGCAGAAGAAGAAGAGUUGUAUUUACUAGAGAUGCAUCGAUCCAUUUUUUUCUGAUCCAAUCCAAGACCGAUAUCUGGGCUUAGUUUAUCAGCCGAUAUCCGAUACCGAUCCAAUAAUACUGUUGAAUGAAUGAACUGUAUACCUCGCCCUGUGAGUGAAGGCAUCGGGUUUGACAUUAGCCUUUAAAAACAAAAAAGGUAGCAAAUUAACACAGAUAUAAAUUUACUUAAUGUUAUUUAUUAACAAAUAACAAAUAAGUAAGAGUCUCAUGUAUUAAAAGAAAAAAAAGGCUGGAUCGGCGUCAUCCCUCUGAUAUCCGAUCCAGUUAAUUUGUCAAAUAUCGGAGCAGAUAUCCGAUCCAAAUAUCGGAUCGGUGCAUCCCUAGUAUUUACGCCUGUGCUGUCAACAAACCAACAAACUGACCACAUCCAAUUCAGGAUGCUCCCCUCUGUUAGAUUGGUCACUAGAUGGCGCCCUUGCUCACUUAUUUUACCGUUCUGUCAAAGGUUGCUCUGUGCGUGCAGAUAUGACAUCAUUUCGCUGUAUGUACGCCUUAUUAUGUUAGCGCAGGAGCAGACACGGCACCUGCGGUUGUGUUUAAUGCCAGAGUGUUCAUAAUAAUGAUAAUAAAUCUCCUGUACUGGCCUGAAUAAAUAAACCAAAGGCUAAAGAGUGAAGACCGAGUCAGGUAAGAGAGUCACGAUCGGAAUAAGUGCAGUUCGGAAUAACGAUCGGUAUAAACCACCCCUCUCGAUCGGAAUACAAUUUCUUUCCAAUUGAGCCGAAUUGGAUCAGAGUCUUCCGAUCAACAUGUUUACAUCGGGCGUUUAUUCCGAUUAUUUGUGCCCAUGUAAACGCAGGUAAUGACCUGUUUUUUAAGUGCACUUGAUGAUGCCGUCAGCUGUCCCAAAAUCUGGACGGAUGUUAUCGCGGCACCCUGCACAUGUCCAAAUGUUUAAAACCGGCAAAAAUCUGCGUAUUAAAUUUUCUCUCAGUGGUCAGCAUUUUGCCUUUCCGAUCUGAGUGAUGCAACUAACACCCACAUAUGCGCACACUUGCAGGUAUCAGAGUAUACGAAGGACCAUAACCAAUGACAGCAGGUCAGAGGAGCCGCCGGCCAAUGACCUGUCAACAGAUGAGACAGACAUGCAGCCCUCGAUUCCAGGUAAUGAAGCAGGCUGCAGGUUGUAAAGUAAUUCAUUCAGUUUUUAUUUAUUGCACUUGAUUGUAAUUGUGUGUAAAUUUUUUUUUCAGAACUGCGUAGGGAAAACAGCAUGGCUCAGUCCAGCUCGAGGUCUCGUCUCACGCUCCUGCUCCAGUCUCCCAGCGCCAAGUUCCUCACCAGCCCUGACUUCUUCACUGUGCUGCAUUCCAACCCUGUACGGACACUGAUUUUUUCUUCCUGCACCUCCUCUUUCUUCUCGUUUAGUGCAUGUGUACUUUCUUAGAAUACACUUCAUGGUCUUACGACUGACCUCUGCCGCCUUUUCAUGCAGCCUCUUGACAUUUGGGUUUCAGAGUACCACAGUGGGGUAACUUUCUCCUGUUUUCUCUGGUGGAUGUUUCCUCUCUUCUUUCCUUCAUUCUUCCUCUCACCGCCCGUCUCUCAGAGUGCCUACCGUAUGUUCACCACCAACACGUGUCUGAAGCAUAUGAUCAGUAAGGUUCGUCGGGAUGCUCACCACUUUGAGCGCUACCAGCACAACAGGGACCUGGUGGCCUUCCUCAACAUGUUCGCCAACAAACAGCUGGAGCUGCCCAGAGGCUGGGAGAUGAAGCACGACCACACCGGCAAGGUGGGACCAACACCGACACCAACCAGGGACUCAGAUCGUGGUGUACAUUCAGGAACUUAAAAUUCCAAAUAUACUUGUUUUUACAGCCUUUCUUUGUGGACCACAACUGCCGCGCCACCACCUUCAUCGACCCCCGGCUGCCCCUCCAGAGCACCCGACCGCCAAGCCUCCUCGCUCACCGUCAACACCUGACCCGCCAACGCAGCCACAGCGCCGGGGAGGUCAGCCCUCGACGAAUGGUAAGACACGCAAGAGUCUGGUGCACUUUUUUUCUUAAAACCAGAAAGUAAAAAUUUGUUUCACCUCGCUCUGUAGGUGGGUGAAGACCCCAGACACGCCGGCCCGCCAGUCCUGCCGCGGCCUUCUAGUACCUUCAGCUCCGCCAGCAGAGGGCAGUGCCAAGACAUGGUGCCAGUGGGUGAGUCUGUGCACCGACACCGUAACAGACACACACCUUUACACCUUUACAGACGGUUAAAUCCUACAUGAAUGCGUCUUCUUCUUGCUCUAGCUUACAACGACAAGAUCGUGGCGUUUCUACGGCAACCAAACAUCUUUGAGAUUUUGCAGGAGAGGCAGCCAGACCUCAGCAGGAACCAUUCACUCAGGUACGCACACGAGGGCGCAAACAGGUGUGGAAAAGGCGAAUGUUUUGCUUCAGAGAACAGCAUCUCUCUGAGUCUAUUGUUGCUAUGACAACAGGGAGAAGGUGCAACUGAUCCGCACAGAUGGAGGGUCUGGAUUGGCUCGGCUGUCAGGCGAUGCUGACCUUGUCAUGCUGCUAAGGUAAGACUUUGCCUUUUGACAGAUUUUCCCGUGUUUGCUCAGGAUUUCAUCUUCACACCGUUGAGUUAAUUCUGUUUUUUAAAGUCUUCCUCGCUCUUCCUCACAUCCUCUCUCUCUCUCUGACUUUCUCUGUGCAGUCUGUUCGAAGAUGAAGUGAUGUCUUACGUGCCUCCUCACGCCUUACUUCACCCCAGCUACUGUCAGUCCCCUCGGGGGUCACCUGUCUCCUCACCCCAGAACUCACCCGGUAAGAAUGAAAAGUAGCUAAAAUUAAAGAGGAGGACAGAACAAAUAUAUUCCCAUAUUUGUUAUAACUUAUACAUAAUGACUCCCUGCUUUCCUCUCUCCAUCAUCUGUAGGUACUCAGAGAGCAAAUGCCAGAGCCCCGGCGCCCUACAAGAGAGACUUUGAGGCCAAACUUCGCAACUUUUACAGGAAACUGGAAACUAAAGGCUACGGCCAAGGACCAGGGAAGUUAAAGUAAGUGGACUGAGUUUGUCCGAUAAAACCGCCCUCUCUUCUGUGCUCCUUCGCUCAUAACAUCUGUACUCGUAGGUUGAUCAUCCGCCGUGAUCACCUGCUUGAAGACGCCUUCAACCAGAUCAUGUGUUACUCCCGUAAAGACCUGCAGCGCAGCAAGCUCUACGUCAGCUUUGUCGGGGAGGAGGGGUGAGUUCAAGAGAAAUGACGUGUGCGUACUGCAGCCCUGCUCAUUUUUUAAACAUCUCUAUGUGUGUGUGUGUUUACAUCACAGGUUAGACUACAGCGGACCUUCCAGAGAGUUCUUCUUCCUGGUUUCUAGAGAGCUCUUCAACCCUUAUUAUGGUCUGUUUGAGUACUCCGCCAACGACACGUACACCGUCCAGAUCAGCCCCAUGUCGGCCUUCGUAGACAAUCACCACGAAUGGUGAGCCGGACAGAGAAGCUCAGACAGGAUGCUGAAUGUCCUGAUGACUUUUCUGCGUUUUAACACGUGUGUCUUUGUGUCUUUCAGGUUCAGGUUCAGCGGUCGUAUUCUGGGUUUGGCUCUGAUCCAUCAGUACCUGUUGGACGCCUUCUUCACGCGACCCUUUUAUAAAGGCCUCCUGCGCAUGUGCGUACAGAGGCUUCAUGUUUGUCAGCUCACUUCACGGUCGUCUCUUCCUGCAUGUUUACGCUUUCUCAUUUUCCACCCUGCAGCCCCUGUGACCUGAGUGACCUGGAGUAUCUGGACGAGGAGUUUCAUCAGUCGCUUCAGUGGAUGAAGGAUAACGACAUCGAGGACAUGCUGGACCUCACCUUCACCGUCAAUGAGGAAGUCUUUGGACAGGUUGGAUCUUUAAGAUGUAGACCGUCUGACGAUUAAUGCAACCGAGUCCCAGAGUCUUGGAGUUAAGUCUUCAUGUGCGUUCCCACAGAUUACAGAAAGGGAGCUGAAGCCCGGCGGAGCCAACAUUCCCGUCUCCGAGAAGAACAAGAAGGAAUACAUCGAGCGGAUGGUGAAGUGGAGGAUAGAGCGAGGGGUGGUGCAGCAGACAGAGAGCCUGGUCCGAGGUUUUUACGAGGUGGUGGACGCUCGGCUGGUGUCGGUGUUUGACGCCAGAGAGCUGGAGCUGGUGAUCGCCGGCACGGCUGAAAUCGAUUUAUCAGACUGGAGGAACAACACGGAGUACAGAGGAGGUGAGAGAAAGCGAGAGAGAGGUUCAGAUCGCUCUGUGUUUCUGUUUGUUCGCUGUCCGUGUGACAUGAGAGUAAUGUGUUGUUUUAAAGGUUACCACGACAACCACAUAGUGAUCCGGUGGUUCUGGGCAGCGGUGGAGAGGUUCAACAACGAGCAGAGACUGCGGCUCCUGCAGGUAGAUUUGAGUUUCAACCCACUGAGCAUUUUUUUCGUCUAAAAAAGGUCUAAUAGACGUCUAAAUGUAGCCGAGACGACUGGUUUGAAAUCAGGCUACUACAGGUCUAAAAAUGAAGGUUUUUAGACGUCUAGAUUUAGAUUAAGUUUAGGCUCAAUCUAAAUCUGGGCUAUAUCUAUACUACACUGUAUAUUGCUCAAUGGCUAUCAUAAUUAUAUUGGUUAAAUACUUGGAGAUCACAUGUCUCUUUUUGAAAUAAAUAGUUAUCGAAUUAUGGGUUAAAGUGCAACGUCUAAAUUCUGUCUAAAAAUAUACAGAAUCUAGACGGUUGAAAUUAGGUCUAAAAUAACUAGACGUCUAAUAGCCGUCUUUUGCUCAGUGGGAAACUUUAGCAUUAGUACAACAUCGUCUUUUCUGUCCCUCCCACUCUCUUUCUCUUCCUCCUCAGUUUGUGACCGGGACCUCCAGCAUUCCCUACGAGGGCUUCGCCUCUCUGAGAGGCAGCAACGGGCCGCGCAGAUUCUGUGUGGAGAAGUGGGGGAAGGUCACCUCGCUGCCUAGGUGAACACAGAUCUUACACUGUAUUGUUUAGUGUGACAUUUCCUGGAAACCCUUGAUAGAUCGCCAAAAUGGGAAGCUUUUUAACACUUUUUAUCCCAUAGAGAUACUCGGUAUAGUUCCAGAGAAACUAUAAACAAUAUUAAUGGAGUCACACAGGAUUGCGGCAAUCCAGUGGAGUUCUAAGUGUUAGUAAAAUGUUGAACUAACCUCUAGUUUCUUUAGUUUUUAAUACGGAUGUUUUAAAACUGGCAGUUAAAAAAAUACAAAAAAAAAAAUCGUGAUAAUAGACCUUUUUCACAGUACGCGGAAGUGAGCAUUCUGCUCACUUCCGGUGUUAGCGUGUGGUGGAGCCACUUAGCAUCGCCCAUAGACGGCCAUUCAUUUUUCACGAUAUUAACAAGCUCGCGACUCGUUUUUUUAAAGGUAAUGUAAAAUUUUAUGCUUUGUGCUGUUUUACUAACUCCUGUUCUUCAUAAUACUGUCCGGAUUUUGUACUUUACUUUUCGGUAAUUAUGUUUAAUAGGUCAUUACUGAAGAGCAAUGGUUACCAUCAUCAGAAAAUUUCCAGACCUAUUAAACAUAAUUCCCGAAAAGUAAAGUACAAAAUCCGGACAGUAUUGUGAAGAACAGGAGUUAGUAAAACAGCACAAAGCAUAAAAUUUUACAUUAUCUUUAAAAAAAAAAAAACGAGUCGCGAGCUUGUUAAUAUCGUGAAAAAUGAAUGGCCGUCUAUGGGCGAUGCUAAGUGGCUCCACCACACGCUAACACCUGCGUACUGUGAAAAAGGUCUAUAAUCGAGAUCGGAUGAUAUGACAAGAUGUAUCGUAAUCAUUUUUUACUGCCAAAUCGCCCAGUCCUAAUAUCAGGUAUCAAACCAUAGCAUAUCAUAUACUGUUUUUUAUAGUGUUUUUAAUUAGAUAGUAUUGUAUCCUCUAUUGUAUCACAUUAUAUAGCAAAGUAAAGUAUGCAAUUGAACGUGAUCAUUCUCUAACCCACCUGAAUGCAUCACUUGUCAAAAUGUUCUUUCCAGAGCACACACCUGCUUCAACCGGCUGGACUUGCCCCCGUACCCGUCCUUCUCCAUGCUGUACGAGAAGAUGCUGACGGCCGUGGAGGAGACCAGCACUUUCGGGCUUGAAUGAGACCCUUUCUUUGUGCAACCAUGUCCUCCCAAUCCAACCUCUCGAGAACCAGUGGGUUCUAAAAGCUGGAUCGAACAGAUUUGUUUAUUGUAAUUUAUAACGGGCUCUAUUUUAUAACAGAGGCUCAAAAGGACCUUUGAACCACGAAGCUGCACUCUGACUUUUUAAAACGCCCUCUGUGAAGAGGUGGACGUUUACUCUGUCGCACUUGCACGUGUUUCGCACCUACUUAGUAACACACGCUUUCACCUGUGUGAUCUGACGACUGAAGACCCGCACUGCCUUUCUGGACCAGAAUCCUAACUGCCAGGAUUUGAUUAACGAGAGAUCUUUUUUAUCCCCGACUAUUCCUUUGAUACCAGGAAGUUUAGGUUUAAGAUCAAACAAGAAGCAACCACUGCCUUCACUGCAAAAACUGACGGCCUAUUCGAUUUCUAAUUCUGAUGGACCUCUGAGGAAGACCAGGAACUGCAAGCUUCAUCUCCCUGCAGUGCAGUGCCUCCUUGUGGCCUGUCGUAGUAACUGCACUAGAGGAUGUAGUUGGUAGAGCAGUUGUUUCCUAGCAACUCUGGUUGGGUUUGUGCGUUUUUUUUCUUCUCAAACCCAAACAAAAGCUUUGGUAUUGUCAAGUAUUUUACUCUAAAAAAAGUGGGUUUUCUAAUAACGUGGCAGUGACAUGUUGUGAUUUGAAUGUAACUUUCUGAUGUUGAUAGUGUGGGAGAUAUUUGAACCAAUUUGCAAAAAAGAAAAAGGAAAAAAAACUCGCCACCACUUACUUUUGUUGAGUAAAUGAAGUUACAGUGUGCAACUGUAUCUUCAGAAUUUAAAGUCCCUUACACAUGAUCGGUUUACGUGUGAAAACUUUAUAUAUCGAGACAAAAAGAGAUUAAAUGUCCACACACACACGUGAAAAUGAGAGCCACUUCUGCAGGUAAAGAUCUAAGGCACACAUGCAUGCUCCUGUUUUAUCAAAUUCAGCUUUUCUUACCUCCUGAACUCUCACUAUAACUUAAGAUCUUAGUUUGAAUUUAUGUUUUGCUUUAAAGGAGCUCAGAAAAUGAAAAUACUGAUCAUCUGACAACGCAGCUCUAAAAGCAGGUUUAUCCACUCUUAAAAAUAUUGAAAUGUUCGACUUCACACUCCCCAAAUUUGAGUGAAUCAAAAGUUUGAGCUCUAAGUCCGGUGUGGCUACUCUUAUUUCAGUUUCUGACUUUAAAGUGUUAAAAGAAUAUUCAAAAUGUUAUUAAAAGUGAUUUUUUUAAAGUGUCAAAAUCGAUCAAAUACAAGGACAGUGUCAGUCAUAAAGUUCAACAGUGUCUCUGCAGUAUUUGUUCUGUUAUUAUAUUGCAUUUUUAUAUGUUAUUGGCUUUUUUCACCUUCUGCACCAUUGUUUUCACAUUUCUUUGCUGAGUUCACUCUCACAUCGGCUGCUCAUGUGUCCGUUUUGUGUGGCUUAUUUCAACGACACAUGCUGUAUGUAAAUUCCUCUCUUUCGAACCCUUCCACUUAGAUUUGCACAGCCAUCUUUACAAUAUGGAAGAAUUCAUCCUAAUGCUGUCGAUUUGAUCACAAUGUUUGGUGACGUUCACAUGGAGCGCUUAAAGCUGACUGAGAAACAAAGAGUCCUCUGAACAGAAGAGCAUGAAAAUUUUUAUAUAUGCAGAGAAAUCCACCCAUCCAUCCCCUCCUGCACUAUGAAUGUGAGCACACCUUGAAUAUAAAGCUAUCCACACGGGGGCCUGCAACACAUAAAAAGUGAAGUGGAUUUUCUGAGCUGAUACAAACCCCCUUAUGCUUCUUUUUUUUUUUAAUUUGGAUGCCCAUUUUUGCUCGUUAUCGAGCUACAAAUGCAUUUUAAAAAAGGGUUUUGACAGUUUUCCCUGUUUACACUUUUGGAGAAUGUACUCCAUGAGGUUAUUUCUGUUCUAGAUGAAGUUAAAACUUGGAUAUGAUCUCUGACAUUUUCAUGUAUGCGUCCAGAUGGAUUCAAAUGCUAAUAUUUAUGAUUACCUUCACUAAAUGCACUGCCCUCUGUUUGUCGAACAAGAAUGUACCAAAGUUUUAAGCGCAAGCCGACUGCCUCACAUCUAACAAACCAACCACUCUUUCUGUACAGUCCACCUCACUUUUAGAAAUGAAUGUUUGUCAGCACUCCUCUGGAAUAAAAUGUCAUUUCGCUAUGCAA